AUGUCCUCAGCUCCCUCGCCCAAUAGCUUGACCUCGAUGGGUCACACAGCUGAGAAGGGCAUCAAGCCCUCGUACCCUACGAUGUUGGGUGCCAAUGAUACUGGAUCUGGUCUUUACAAGACUGGUGGAAGGCCUAUUCCCUUGUUGUCUACUGGGCCUCCUCACCAAGGGGGUGUCAAGGUUACAAACAACCAGGAGAACAUCCCAACCUUUGAGCCAAGCCCCAUGGAGCUCCUUCUUUCGAAGCUUGAUGAACAACGAGAGACCCUGCACCAGCAGAAGCUGACCGUGAUCAAGAAUAAAGACCACGACAAGAUCUUCGUCCGCCCUGGCGACCACCGGUCCUCCAGCACCUCGGUGCCGGUAACCCCUGCCCUCGAAGACUUCCCAUCGUCCGAGCCCGCCACUCGCCCCGCUAGUGCCUCCUUGAGCCAGGGCCCUUCGGGCAAUGAUGAAGUCCUUCGUCUCAGGAUGCAGCUCGCUCAGGCAGAGGCCAAGAUCUCUCAGCUCGAGAGGCAGCCAAGCAUGCCUCGAAUGUCGCAGGCGGUGUCUGACUAUCCGGCCGGUCUUCCCCAAGCCUUUGGCCCUCCUUUUGGCCCCAUUGUUGCUGCUGCCAUGCCUGCCCCGGGCCACAACGGCGGUUGGAGCCAGGACGAGUACAAGCCGUCGCCCAACGAGCACUUGGCCACCAUUCAGAUCAACAGGGCUCCUUCGGUUAGUAUGUGGGCGGGCAAUCUCAAGACACCCGCCGUUGGUAUUGCUGGCCCUUCGGGAGGCUCCUCGGACGCCUCGAGCGGUUCGGCUUGGUUCCCCCACAAGCCCGGAUUCGCCCCGUCUUUCGUCGAGGCUAACAACGGCGCCUACGGCCCCAUGGAGAACUUCCGCGUUAGCGAGAGGGUCACUCCCGACCCUGACUUCGCCUUGCGUGUCGAUGUGGGCGGUCGUGGAGGUCGAUUUGACAAUCGAUACAUCUCUCCCGCUCCCCUUUCCGCUCCUCCCUAUGGCGGCGGUUUCAACCUUAAUCAGAACAUUGGCCAGUACGAGCUUACUUCGGGACCGGCUAACGGACCAGGCAACAAUGGACCUGGACCUGGCACUAUUGGUAUGGGCGUGUACCCCAGCUACCACCAGCAGGUUGCGAAUGCUCUCUCGCCUCACGCUACGGAGUUUACCUCGAGCGGCGGCAGCUGGAAGAGCGAGAUUUCACCUACGGAGGGACCGACCUAUUUGCCUCCCACCGAGCCUCUCAACUAUCGACGCCUCCUCGACCGCAACGUCAAUUGCAACUGGAAGUACAUCGUUGACAAGAUCGUUUGCAAUAAUGACCAGCAGGCUUCCAUCUUCCUUCAGCAGAAGCUCAAGGUCGGUACUCCCGAGCAGAAGUAUGAGAUUGUUGAGGCCAUCGUCUCCCAGGCCUAUCCGUUGAUGGUGAACCGCUUCGGAAAUUUCCUUGUCCAGCGAUGCUUCGAGCACGGUACGGAUGAGCAGGUCGUCAAGAUUGCCGAGGCUAUCCGGGGCAAUACCCUUAAUCUCUCGAUGGAUCCCUUUGGCUGCCAUGUCGUCCAGAAGGCAUUCGAUUCGGUCCCCGAGGACUACAAGAAGGUCAUGGUUCACGAGCUCCUCCGCCGCAUCCCGGAGACGGUCAUUCACCGCUAUGCUUGCCACGUCUGGCAGAAGCUCUUUGAGCUUCGCUGGACCGACACUCCCCCUCAGAUCAUGAAGUAUGUCAACGAUGCUCUCAAGGGUAUGUGGCACGAAGUGGCCCUUGGCGAGACUGGCAGUCUGGUGGUCCAGAACAUUUUCGAGAACUGUCUCGAGGAUGACAAGCGUCCCUGCAUUGAGGAAGUCCUUGCCAACAUUGACAUUGUUGCCCACGGCCAGUUCGGCAAUUGGUGCAUCCAGCACAUCUGCGAGCACGGUGCCCCCGCCGACCGCAGCCGGGCCAUUGAUCAUGUUAUUCGCUAUGCGUCUGAGUACAGCACCGACCAGUUUGCGUCCAAGGUCGUCGAGAAGUGCCUCAAGAUCGGAGGACCCGAAUUCCUCGGACGCUACUUGGACCGUGUCUGCGAGGGCCGUCCCGACCGACCCCGCAUUCCCCUCAUUGACAUCGCCAGUGACCAGUACGGAAACUACCUGGUUCAGUAUAUCUUGACUCACGCCGGCCCCCAGCACCGUGAGGUUGUGGCCGCCCACAUCCGCAAGCACAUGGUCUCGCUUCGCGGUUCCAAGUUUGGUUCUCGAGUGGGCAUGCUGUGCACCAACCCGGCCAGCGCCACCCGUCCCGGACCUGCCAUGGGCCCCGGCAUGGGAGGCGGAGGCGGCGGAGGAGGCCGUAUGCAUCCCGGAUCCCGAUUCGGUGGCCCGAGCUACCGUUAG